AAAUAUAGCAUUAUUAUUGAAACUGAAUUAUGUUCACUACAACAAACAAUUAGUAUUUAUCAGUUUCGACAAGUGGAAUUUGUUUUCUAAUUUUGUCAAAAAAAGGUUAAAAAUUUUUGAAGAGCAUUUUAAAUGUUCAGUUGCUGCAUUACAAUAAUCAUUAUAUCAUUCUACUAUUUAUUGAAGAAUGAAGAUUAUUUAGUAAAUGUAAUUGUAAAGAGGGAGUUUGGUUUAUUUAAUUAAUUAAUUAAAAAAAUACGACUGCACCGCAGCCCUUUUUAUUUUGGGUCGAACAGAAGACUAUUUCCUGUCUUAGUUCUUAGUUCCAAAAAAUGUACAAUUUUUUUUAUUGUUGUGCUUUUAAGUGGAGGUAUACGAAUUUAAAUAAUAUUUUAAACCACAGUUUAAAAAACUAUCAGUUUAAACAAGUAAGGGGUAUUCGAAGAUAUUCACAAGAAAGUAAGAAGGAUGUUAACACAUCAGAAAAUGAUAAAUUUAUACCUUUUUUGGAAAGGAUUGACUUGAAGCGAGCUGAAGCUAGAAGAAGUAUUCUGGUACAGGUACAGUCUGCCCUAUCGUAUAAAGAGUUGCACACCUAUUGCAGUUCAAUUGGCACAGUAAGAAAUAUGUUUCAUUAUACAACAGGAGUGGAGCCAAUGCAUUUUAUAAUAGUUGAGUUUUCUAAAGAAUCUGAUGUGACAAAUAUUUUAUCCACAAGUUCUUACGUUGAAGACAUUCAAGCAGUUCCCACACAGUCACAAUUUUUAUGGUUUAGGGCUUGCAACAGAAAAUUAGGAAAAUUAAAACAAAGUAAAUCAGCCAAACUUUCCACUGAAAAUGGUACCGAAAUAGUUAUGGAGAAUGUGGUUAGAGAUAAAUUAAAAGAAUGUGAAAGUAUGUCGGAACAAAUGAAGAUAUUACAUAGUAUAACCAAAUUGAACGAUGUCGGAAGUAGGUUAAGAUUUCUAACAGCAAGACAAAUCGAAAGUACGUUUUCCAGCAUGUUUCCUUACGUCUGUGUGUAUCCAUUUGGCUCCUCUGUAAAUGGAUACGGAAGGAUGGGUUGUGAUUUGGAUCUUGUACUUCGACUUCUUGAUAAAAAAGAUAACGCGGAAAGUAGGCUUGUAUUCCACAGCAAGGCACCUUCUGGUUCAGAAAGAAGCACAAAUCAAAGACAUAUGGAAGCGAUUGGAGAUUUAAUUCAUUUAUUCCUUCCCGGCUGUUCACAAGUACGCAGGAUACUGCAAGCUAGGGUGCCCAUUAUCAAGUACCAUCAACAGCUGACUGAUGUUGAAUGUGAUUUAUCAAUGGCAAAUAUGAGCGGUGUUCACAUGUCCGACUUCCUGUACAUAAUGGGAGAAUUAGACGACAGAGUACGACCUCUAGUUUUCACUAUACGAAAAUGGGCAAAAGAGGUGGGCCUGACGAAUGCCUCGCCGGGUAGGUGGAUGACAAAUUUUUCGUUGACCCUACUAGUUCUGGCUUUUCUUCAGAAGCCGCCACAUUCUCCACCAGUGCUGCCAUCUCUGAAUACUUUAGUAAAAUUGGCAGGGUCAAGUGACAAAUACAUCACGGAAGAUGGCGUAAACUGUUCAUUUUUAAGAGACUUAAACAAAUUUAAAGCCAAAACGAAAAAUAUCGAGACGCUGGAGUCUUUACUUUCAGAGUUCUUUGAGUAUUACUCUCAAUUCGACUUUACAGCAAAAGCAGUAUGUCUAAAUGAAGCAGUAGCCCUCACAAAGCCAGAAUUCAGUGCUAUGUACAUCAUAAAUCCUUUGGAGAGAGGGUUGAACGUUAGCAAGAAUGUCAGUAUAGAAGAAGUGGAAAGGUUCAAAGAGGAAUCAAGGAAUGCAGCUUGGAUGUUGGAAUCCCAAGAGAGCAAAACGUCGAACUGGGGACUACUGUCCAUUUUUGAGAAUCGGAAAAAAAUCAAUUACAAAUUUAAUUUUUCUUUGGCUUCGAAACAGUCAAGAUUGAUGAACGUCAGGACUCUAUUCGACGAGGAUAAGGAAGAAGAGGAAGAACACGCUCAAAAGCUCAAAGAGAUGCAAUUUAAAAAUGAAGCCAUUAAACAAGAAAUUAAGGAAAUUAAAAAGGAAACACAGGAUAAUGUCAAAUCUCUGGAGAACAGUAUAAAAAGGCAGAAAAGUCGAAGGUAGCGUCGGUAAAUUUUAAAAGAAACGAUUACUUUAUAAAUCUUUAUUGUUUAAUCUUGUUAUACUAUAAGGGAUUAUAAAAAUCAAGAAAUAUAAUUUUUUUAGACUCGA